AUAUAAUUGACGUGUCCUGCCUGGUCUUGCCAGUAAAUGAACAAGUUCCUUAGCUCGUUUGAAUAUCACGUUAUGAUCAAAGAUUCAAAUCUACCGUAUUUUUGUGGAUAUCAUCUGACUGAAACAGCUAUUACCCGGGAGCUCUUAUAACAGAGUAUAGCUCCAUGAUUAUGCGCGGUGUCGAACAUAAAGAGAAACUAUAGAGCCCUGGUGUAGAGAGUCGCGAUCAUAAACACACAGAGAGAUGUAAAUGACUGUGCUGCUAUCUACAACAGCAUCACCUAGUAUUUGAAGGAGGGAAUCACAAUUGAGGUAAAGGUAUAUACAGAAGAGUCUCGAAGAGACUUGAAGAGUCGCGAUGGAGAAGGAAGGGCAAAUACGCAACAGUCCCGUGGAACGCAUUCUAGUAAUCGCACUGGUAGUUUUAUUCGGGAGCGGCGCUUGGGUCUCUGUAUCGGGAGUUUGGACAGAGUUACCAAUCAUGAUAUCAACUGGACUACCAGAGCAAUAUCACAUAACAUCAAUCGUACACAUUCUGAUUCAAUUUUCUUUAGUGGGUAUGAUCGCCUUCUUAAUCUGCAACAAACUGGUUGCGUCUACUCGCAUUUACCGUCUGGAGAUUCCAUGGAACUAUGGCAUAACUUUCUUCGGAACAAUAGCUACUUUCUUGCUGAUAUUCUUCUGGGACACGAGGACAUACGUGUCUGGCCAACUCCACAGUGUGGCUUUCCUGUGCCUGGUGUUCUUCGUAUCUCUGGUUGAUAUAACAUCCAAUGUCACAUUCGUGGGCUUCAUGUCUCUGAUGCAACCAAACCUGAUGAACUGGUUUUGGAUUGGUGAAGGACUGGGUCACAUCCUUCCUGCGUUCGUCGUCCUUAUACAACAAUCGAAUGGCAAGACGAAAUCGUGCGUCGUCAAUGACACUUACCUGAACGAAACCGUGGUUGGGAAUUCAACAGUCAUGUACAAUUGCACCUCUUGGGAAGAAGUGACACCGCAACUUCUCUUUGAACCUAAGGAUUAUUUCGUGGUUCUGUUCCUGAUGAUGCUGGCAUGUCAUAUCUCGUUCAUUUGCCUGAAUAACCUACCUUGCUCUCGUCGGGAAUACGUACCCCAGGCUGAUGGGCACCACCUUAGAACAGACGGAUGUGGUGGUCUCUUUAAACAGUCAGAAACUUUAUCUGCAGAUGAGGAAGAUGGUGAUCACGUAAGACUCAUGUCUGUAGUGAGAUCACAUGAAGAUGAUUCUCCGAAUGCUCCGAAUGAAGAAAAUGACAACUCCGGUAACGACUUAGCAGAACAGCACCUCACCAAAGGACAGGUGGUAUUUCUCUAUACCGUCUUCUUCAUCAAUUUCACCCUGUCCUUUGGUAUCAUGGGACCGAUCCUUGGAUUUUCCGGCAGUGCUUACGGAAACGAUACCUUUGAAAUUCUUGUGCCUAUGCAGGAGAUAGCCGUCGCAGUUGCCUACUUUCUGUUCCUGUUGAAACCCAUCUAUAGCUUUAAAGUUGUUGGUGGGUCCUUGAUUUUGGCUAUUGCCUGUUACACCUAUGAUUUUGUGGUUGCCGCAGCGAGCCCAAACCCACCAUUUUACAGCAUCGUCUUUGGCAAAAUAUAUAUUGUACUAAACGCUGUGACGAGAGGUUUGGCUUCGAGAUACUGCCAUGCUUCAACUGUUUGGAUACUACGUAACAGUGCAGAUAGUCGCCGACAUCUGAUCGUUUCUGGUGCUAUCGGUCAAGUUGGUGUGUUCCUUGGUUCGGUCACUAUGUUUGUCCUCAUCAAUGUCUUCAACGUCUUUGAAUCACACCAUGAAACUAAAUCAUGCCCUUCUUUCACAUGCACCAUGGUGGAAUAAUAGGUUUAUUUCCAAUUCGUCAAAUUGCCAACUCGUCUUCUAUCAUUUGGUCUUACCAUCGGUUCGUCCACUAUCCACAUGGUCUAAUUGCCCAUUCGUCUAAUAACAAGUUGGUCCAAUAACCAUUUAGUCCAUAUACUAUUUGGUCAAUUUGGACAAA